AUGGAGGCCGUGCUGAACGAGUUGGUGUCUGUGGAGGACCUGCUGAAAUUUGAAAGGAAAUUUCAGUCUGAGAAGGCAGCAGGCUCGGUGUCCAAGAGCACGCAGUUUGAAUAUGCCUGGUGCCUGGUGCGAAGCAAGUACAACGACGACAUCCGUAAAGGCCUUGCUCUGCUGGAGGAGCUGCUGCCCAAAGGGAGCAAAGAGGAGCAGCGGGAUUACGUCUUCUACCUGGCCGUGGGGAACUACCGACUCAAGGAAUAUGAAAAGGCCCUAAAGUAUGUGCGAGGGCUGCUGCAGACGGAGCCGCAGAACAACCAGGCCAAAGAAUUGGAACGGCUCAUUGACAAGGCCAUGAAGAAAGAUGGACUAGUGGGCAUGGCCAUCGUUGGAGGCAUGGCCCUGGGCGUGGCGGGACUGGCUGGACUCAUUGGACUUGCUGUGUCCAAGUCCAAAUCCUGA